AGGGGCUUAAAGGCAAGUUUUGGUCCAAAGAGAUCUCGCCAUGGCGGCCAACGGAUUAAAGGUCUCUCCCAUUCUGAAGAAGUAUGUGGAGGACGGGGACGUGGUGGGCAUCUGCGUGAGCGGGGGCUUGGAUUCCAAGACGGUGGCCUUGCGCCUCCGCCUGGCCGGCGUGAAGGUGAAGUGCUUCACGGCGGACAUCGGGCAGCCAGAUGAGGAGGACAUGAGCGACGUGGUGAAGAAGAUGGCGCCCUGCGGCGUGGAAACCAUCGUGGUGGACCUCAAGAAGGAGAUCGCGGAGGGCGCCUUCGAGGCUGUGGCCGCCCAGGCGGUCUACGACGGGGGGUACUGGCAAUCCACGGGCAUCGGCCGGUACGUCACCGCACGGGGCCUGCUGCAGACCAUGAAGAAGCACGGGUGUACCGUGCUCUCCCACGGCGCCACGGGGCGCGGCAACGACCAGGUGCGGUUCGAGCGCUACGUGAACGUGAUGGACCCCUCCUUUAAGGUCUACGCGCCUUGGCGCGACCCGGUGCUGCUGGAGGAGUUCCCCGGGCGGUCGCAGAUGCUCAGCUUCCUGGAAAAGCACGGCAUCGGGCACCAGAUCGUGUCCCAGUCCUCAAAGCGCUACUCCACGGACGCCAACAUCUGCGGGCUCAGCAACGAGGCUGAAGAUUUGGAGUCCAUGCAGACCCCCAUCACCAUCGUGAACCCCAUCAUGGGCGUGUGGCCCAAAGACGCCCCCGACCAGCAGGAAGAGGUGACCCUCAAGUUCGAGAAGGGCAGAUGCGUGCAGAUCAACGGCAAGGCGGUGACGCCGCUGGAGGCGGUGCAGCUGAGCAACCAAAUCGCGGGCCGCAACGGCGUGGGCCUGUGCCAAGCCCUGGAGAACCGGAUUUUGGGCACCAAGUCCCGGGGCGUCUAUGAGGCCCCGGGCAUGACGCUCCUGGGCCACGCGGUGUCCUGCGUGUACAUGGCGGUGUUGGACCGAAGAGCCACGGCACUCUUCCGGCAGCUAAGCACCCACAUCUCGGACCAGAUCUACGACGGCCGAUAUUUUGACCCCUCCACGCGGGCAGCGCUCACUGCGGUGUGGCAACUGGUGGAGCCAGCCACGGGAACGGUGAAGCUGGGCCUGCACAAGGGGCACAUGCUCUUCCUGGCCCUCACGGAGUGCCCGCACAGCGUCUACUUCGAGGAGGACAGCUCCAUGGAAGCCUCGGCGGGCUUGAACCCGGCCAGCUCCCAGGGCUACCUGGAGGUGUCUUCGGUGGAGGCCAAAGCCCUGGCUAAAGCCGGCCUCAUCGACAUCGACAGCGUGUGGGCGAAGCGACAGAAGACGAAAUGAGAGCAGGUUGUUUGUGGUUCGGCGGUGGUUUGUCUUCGGAGGUCGCCCAGGUU